AGAAGAUCAUGAUGGUGCUCAAGACACAUUGUUACAACUAUCUUCUCGAAGUACGCAGGAAGUCCGCUCCGCACGUCAGCAUUGGGAUGCAACGAAACUACUUUCAAAAAAAGAAUCGUGUGCCGCGGACUUCGUCGAGGACGCAGUGAUGGAAGAGUUCUAUGCUGGUCAACAACAACAGGAACAAGAGAGGGAACGGGCAAUAAUGGAUCAACUACAGAGAUCAGGGACUGCUACUGCGAGUUCGAGUCUGAGCAGGAGACUUUCUCAAGCUUAAGGGUAGGUUAAAGGUGCUUUUCUUACCGCUUUUUAUGCCUCUCCUAAGGGAGAAAGGCAUAACAAGCGGGGUAAGCGAGCACCAAAAACCUACCUCUAACAAGAGUUCUAUGCGGGUCAACAACAACACGAAACUUCUACAGAGCAGGUAGUUGGCGAAGAAGACGCGAGCAAAGUUCGCGCUCUGAAGCCAGUUUUUCGAGAGCAGCCAGAACUCGUUACUGAGAUUGAAAGGGCUAUGCAGAUAAAAGAGGACAAUAACAUGCUAGUCGAUACAGCACAUCAGGAUCCACAAAAGUCUCAAGAUCAACAAAAGCUGCUGGUACCUGG